CAAACUUAAUAGGCACAUGAGAAUUCACACUAAAGAACGCCGUUACAGAUGUGACCAGUGUGGAAAUUUCUUUAAAUUUAAAUACAAACUUAUUUUGCACAUGAGAAUUCACACGGGAGAACGGCCGUACAGAUGUGGCCAGUGUGGAUCCACCUUCAUUCGUGAAUACAACCUUAACAGGCACAUGAAAAUUCACACUGGAGAGAAAUCUUAUAAAUGUGAUCAGUGUGAAAGGACUUUUAUUCGUAAAGACCACCUUAAAGAGCACAUGAGAGUUCACACUGGAAAGAAACCUUACAGAUGUCAUCAGUGUGGAAAGAGCUUCAGUCUGAAGGCUAAUCUUAAAUCUCACAUGAGAGUUCACACCGGAGAAAAGCCGUACGGAUGUGAUCAGUGUGGAAAGAGUUUUGCAUCGGCAGCGACUCUGAGAGAUCAUCUUCUCUAUCAUUCUGGAGUGAGAUCAUUUCAGUGUGAACAGUGCAGUAAAACAUUCUUUUCUGCAAUUGACCUGAAGAAGCACAUGAAGACUCAUACAGUUGUGAAGCCUCAUGUCUGUUCCAUCUGUGGAAAGUCCUUCUCAAAACUCUCCAACCUUAAAAAUCACAAGAAGAAAACACACACAGGCGUGGGAUCUCAUAUGUGCUCUGAACAGAAAUCUCACCCUUGCUCCUCAUGUGGACAGAGUUUUCUGAUUUCAAGACGUCUAUGA